AUGCGGUCCCUUAUCACCCCCACAUCGACCCUCCCCUUCCGCCUGCUCCUCCUCCUGGUCCAGCUAGUCACCUUCGGCCAGAUCACCACCGCUCUGCCACUCUCUGUGCCUCUUCCGACAACCACCAUGGCCCAGCGUGACGACACCUGCCGGUACUCAUACCCCCCGCCAUUCACGGCGCGGAUCAACGUGUUCAACCGGCCGGACCUGCAGCUGAAGUCGACGCAAACCGUGUCCUUUUCCCUCCCGCCCGAGGCGCACAGCUGCACGCUGCGGGUGCGUUUUCCGCCGCACUGGGAGGUGUACGACUCGAGCGUUGAGGCCGGCGGUCCCCCGCUGCCCAUGAGCAUCUACGCCGUCGACGGCCCCGCCGCCGGCGCCCUGGUCGGCUACGCGCGCUUCGCCGAGUUGCCGAUCGGCGGCGAGCCGACAGUCAUCAACUCAUUUACCUGCCGCGAGACCAUGACGUUUCGGUUCGAGCUGGGCGGGUCGGGCGAGGUUGGCUUCGUGACGGGUGAUGACCCGGCUUUGGGGAGGGGUGGAAUCGAGAUGGCUUGGGGUUGUUGA